AAAGUAGCUCAAACAUCUCAAAUCUUUCGUUAAAGCGUAUCGUUGAACUGCCGGACGGCUUGAGCCUGCGUUUGUUUAUAGGACAAGCAGUUUGAGUUCACGUCCAAAGAAAUCAUAGCUUAUAUGAACGGAUAUCUAAAUAUGUAUAGAUUGUGGAUAUGAUCACGUGUGGAAAACAAGCGCUUGUAUAGCAAUGCCUGCUCUGUUUAGGAAGUGAGUCCACAGCAAUGCUGUGUCUUAUGGUGACUUAUAGCCCCAUGUUCAGGAAUGAGAUCCGUGCUUUUAAUCGCGACGCUAAUAACAGCUCUGAGAUCGGACUAUGUAGCCUCUCAGAACCCGAGUGCCUUGUCUCAGCUGACGGCAGUAAACCGGACGGCUUCGGGAAAUAACCGUGCAAAGGAAAAUGCAAUCACGCCGACUGUAUAUGUACUGAAAAACAGUCAAGAUCAGUGUGAUAAGGUGAUGAACCUUUCUGCCAGCCAGCGCUGUGAGUUUGUUCGGAGCACCCCAGACUGUGCUGCAGAUGGUGGCUUCAUUAACUAUCCCUGGAUCACCUUUUGCUUGUUGUCCCCCAAACUCCUACCUCUCGCCAUCUUCCUUUAUAUUGUGUGGCUUUUGGUCUUGUUCCUGGUUCUAGGACUGAUUGCAUCAGAAUUUUUUUGUCCCAACCUUUCCGCCAUCUCUUCCACUUUGAGGCUGACCCAUAAUGUGGCUGGAGUGACAUUCCUAGCACUUGGGAAUGGCGCUCCAGAUGUGUUCAGUGCCAUGGCCGCGUUCUCUCAUCCACAAACGGCUGGUCUGGCCAUCGGAGCCCUGUUUGGGGCUGGGAUCUUUGUGACCACAGUUGUUGCCGGGAGCAUUGCCCUGGUGAAGCCCUUCACGGCAGCCUCCCGCCCCUUUCUGCGUGAUGUCAUCUUCUACAUGGCUGCUGUGUUUUGGACUUUCAUCAUCUUAUACAGGGGGCACAUUGAUCUGAGAGAAACCUUUGGAUAUCUGGGGCUGUACAUCCUGUAUGUUGUAACAGUGGUCGUGAGUGCAUGUGUCUAUAAUCGGCGGAUACGAUCUCACAGUGGAACAGUACAGGACUCAGUACAGGAGUUUGACCACAACAUAGAGAAUUCCUAUACAGAAAACCUUAAUGGAAACAUACACGUGCAAGAUGAGUAUGAGCCCUUGCUCCCCUUCACUGAGUCAACCGCUAACAUCUUUCUGAAAGCCAUUAACCCUGUCGACACUAGGACCUGGAGAAGGAGCCACUGGGGCUGGAAAGUGCUGAAAAUCAUCCAGCUCCCAUUUGAGAUGGUGUUGCUGUUGACAGUUCCACUUGUGGACUCAGAUAAGGAAGAUCGAAACUGGAAACGGCCUCUGAACUGCCUGCACCUCAUCACAGCACCACUGGUGUGUGUGCUUACCUUCAAAUCAGGGAUCUAUGGUCUGUACCUAAUCGAGGGAGCGAUUCCGGUAUGGUUGCUGACAGCCUUAAUUGGAGUCUUCCUCUCUGGCAUGGUUUUCUACUCCACCACUAAUGAGCAUCCCCCUCCAUACCACUUUCUUUUCUCUUUACUGGGAUUUGUAGUAAGUGCUUUAUGGAUCAAUGUGGUGGCAUCAGAAGUUGUUAAUGUGCUGCACCUGCUCGGGGUCAUUCUCCGCCUCAGUAACACUGUGCUGGGUCUCACAUUACUUGCAUGGGGAAACAGCAUUGGAGACUGCUUUGCUGACAUCACAAUUGCCCGACAGGGUUACCCAAGAAUGGCCAUCUCGGCCUGUUUCGGAGGAAUUAUAUUUAACAUGCUGUUUGGAGUUGGUCUUGGUUGCCUUCUGCAGAUGUUGACACACAACAACGGUUUUGUAAUGCUCCAACCGGAGGGGUUGCUGUGCUGGGUCCUGGCAGCAGCUCUAGGGCUUUCUCUGGUUCUCUCCUUUGUGCUGGUUCCACUGCAAUGCUUCCACCUCAGCCGGGCCUAUGGCGUCUUCCUCCUGCUCUUCUAUGUUGUCUUCCUCAUCAUCGCACUCCUCACUGAGUUUGGAAAGAUCUCUGUGUGAAGAUAGUGCAAACACUGGGCUAGUGCAAGAAUAUUUUGUGACUUUUAAAAUGUAAUAAUAUUGAUCAUUUUUAUUUACUUUGAAAGUGUACUUUUUACAAUGAUGUAAAGAUGCUGAUAACAUUUUAGAUUGUUUUUAAGUAUGACAGAAUGUUGACGUAUAAAUCUGGAGACUGUUUGAUUAUAAUAAAGGGAACCCUUGGAGAGAAAAUAAAGCUUGAUGUUAAAUUUGA